CACCACCUCCCCCGAACCUCACGAGUAUGGUGGGCCAGAUAAACCCCACCCAGAGCUUCUGCUCCUGAUAGCAGCUCCAGUGACUUUGUGGAGAAUAGCUCAGGCUGCAGACAGCUAUCAGUCAGGGGGGCCUUGGGGACCAGGUUGCAGACAGCGUUUGAGGGGACCUUAGGGUCUGGCUGAAGUCGGUCAGGAUUUGGACUCAGAGAACAGAAAGGUAGAUGUGGUCCAGCUGGAGAUGGAUGGAGAAUGGAUAGGCCGAUAGGGGGACAGAGGGAACAGGACAGCUUGACUGCAGGGCUGGCUGUUGGGACCAGUGGGAGGCUACGGACCAGCAAAGCAGAAGAUUGUGUGGGCCAAUGGGUAGGAAUGGAAGCUUAAAGGAAGUCUUUUGAGUGGCUUUGUGUGUUUUUAAUGACUGAGACAAAGGAUGCCUGAAACUGAGAUUUCUGGACAUAUUACUUGUGCUUGACCAGCUGGUACUGGGACUUGAUCUCAGCUUGGGCUUGCCUGGUCUGCCCCUGAAGAGCAGACACACCUGGGAGAAUGCUGAUCUUGGAGAGGGCAGAUGGCAGGGUGGCCAGCUUUAGGAGGCUUACUCUGGGACACUCUGGGGAGUAGGUACUGUACUGGAGAUUACAACAGGCUCCUGGGCUUCUCUUGCCUCUGCCACAGGUCUGAGCUAGACACCAAGGUCACUAUAGCUUAACAACACCCUCCCCCACUCUGAGUAAUUUUGCUUUGUGAGAGGUCAGGAAGACGUCCUGGCAGUUAGUGGCCACCCACACUGAGGCACUUACAGUUAUAUAAACUGUUUCCUGGUGGGAGAUGGCACAUCCUGGCCUACUGCGCGGUGUACCCGGGCCUCCGGAAGAAUGAAGGCGGCGCUCCUGACUGCUGCUUUUCUCGCUUUGGUCUCUAUGUCCUGGGUCCAGGCAGUGUGGCUGGGAAGGCUGGAUCCUAAGCAGCUCCUUGGGCCCUGGUACAUCCUGGCAAUGGCCUCCCGUGCAAAGGACUUCAUGGUGGAGAAGGACACGAAGAAUGUGGAAGGUGUCAUGGUGACUCUCACUCCAGAUGACAAGCUGAGAGUUCAGUCCUCUCGGCACGGGCCAGAUGGGUGCCAUCAGAGCACCGUGGAGCUGCUGAAGCGAGAUUCCCGAUGGGUGUAUGAGAACCCCUCUCUCGGUGUACUGGACUACCGGGUCCUGGGCACUAACUUCAAGGACUAUGCUGUCAUCUUCACACAGCUGGAGUUUGGAGAUGAGGCCUUCAACACAGUGGAGCUGUACAGUCGGACGGAGAUGGCUAGACCUGAGGCCAUCCAGUUGUUCACCAAAUGGAGCCGGGGUCUGGGCUUCCGGUCCCAGCAGCAGGCCCAGCUGCAGAAGGACUUCACGUGUGCAAACAAGAUCCUCCAGGUAGGCCACCUUUUCAGGCAUCACUCUUGGCUUCCUGGGGAGCAGGGAGAGCCUGUGGCUCUGGGUGAACCCUCUCCAAAGCCAGUGUAUAGCCCAUGGCUCUGCUGGUGGGAAGGUCAUUGAAGGUGAGGAUGAUGGCUGUCACCAGCCCCACCCCAACUCUUGCCCUGGU